AUGUUUAACGACAACUCCCCCGCCGACGAUGCUGUUCCAGAACAACACCCUUCAGAAACUGGCGGUCCACCACUAGAAGCACCACAUUAUGGUGUUGGAGUGCCAACGGGUGUAUCUGCUGCGUCCUUUAAUGAUAUGCAUAAUAUGAUUCGAAAAGCUAACGAAGAUCAGGCCGCAGCAAUGAUGAAUGAAGGAAAAGGAGGCAAGAUUAAAAAUAUCCUGCGGCGGAACUCGCGACGAGACAAAUCGAAAUCAAAAUUAAAAAUUGAAUCGACGGCAGCAGCAGCGAUGAAUCCAAGGAGCGGUGGCGCCACAGUGGCCAACCACACCUCUCAACACCCCGUACCUACACACGUUACCCAUUCACCAACAGCGCAAAGUAGUGUGGAUAGCGCGUUUUGCGGAAAUUAUCAGGAACGCGAUAUUGAUGCUGAAAUCAUGUCGCGACAAACUGUUUCUCCCCUGGCUACAGCAUCAGCAGCCACAUUAGAGCAAAGCCCAUCUGUUGAAUCCAGCCUAGGGAGCAUUCCGGAUACCAGUCGUACAGAUCCAGGUACUACCACCACAACCUCAAUGACGGAGGCGGGCGAAAUUCAAGCAAGACGGAAGAGGCAACAGGAUAUCUACUCCGCUCGCAGGAUUUUUAUCGCCGGUUCAGCAGCAGCAGCUGAUGAUAGCAGCGCUGUAGAUGCGCUUGCUAAUCAUACACAACAUUUGAAUAUGGCCAAUACUCCUGCCUUAGAGGUCCUUAGCGAAGAAACGCGAGAGAAAAUUCGUAAAAUGCAACGGCGCCAAAAUUGGAUGGAUCCGUUACCAUUCACUAUCCCUUCGCAUGUUGCGAACACAAGCCAUAUGGCACCAUCUGUCCCUUCACCGCCUCUCCAUCGGGAAGCGCCUCCUACAAGUACUGCGCCGGAAAUUCCGAAGACUGGCUCUCCCACCAAGGACAUGACCGAUGCCUUAUCGUGCACUUCGGAUUAUUCCACCACUAGUUCAGCCCCGCUGACUGCUCCUCUGGCUGUAGCUUGUGCUGCGUCGUCGUCAGACUAUGCUUCUAGCUUUAGCGAUCCAAGUCCAUGCGCUCGAAACGCAUCCGCAUCACCCCGUCAACGUCCGCAAGUGUUAGGAGUGUUGCCAGAAGCACGAUGUCAGCAAAAAAUUCGAAUUCGUAGCAAGACAGGACCACGUGAUCCAACACGAAGGCAUACAUUGUCUGAUAUGGAUGUGUUAAAGGAAGGACGUCUCGAAAAAUUCGCUCGAUGGUUUGGAAUCCGAAAAUCGAGCCCAGAUGUUAGUGCAGAACGUGAAGGGAAUGACCAAAGCCCACGACGUAAGCAACCACCUUUGGAUCCGCCAGUAAUUGUACGAACUUCUCCCAAUGAACUAACACCAGCCAGCGGAGAUGAGCAACUUUGA